UCCUGUUUUUCUCCGACCCUCCGUUUCUCUUUACCUUUUUCUCCUUCGCGCUCACGUAUAUAUACACACACAUUCAUGCACAGCACAGAGCCAAAUCUCAUCCUACUUGUUUAUCUGCGAAACAUGAGGGAGAGAGAUGGGUGAGAAUCCGAUGGGACUGAACUUGGAAUUGGGUUUGAAUUUUGUCCCGACAAACACCAUUGAUGUUUCUGAGAAAUCCCCCAAGCCCAGUGGUCGUGUCCAGGUUUUGGAAGACGAACUGAGGAAGAUUCAAGCCUUUGAACGUGAACUUCCUCUCUGCAUGCUUAUCUUGAACGAUGGUUUACUCUUCUCUCAAUCUCUCUCUUUGAGUUUUCCCCAUGUUUUCUUAUUUGAUUUCUUUGUUCAACAAUUUUUUGCAGCUAUUCGGAGAGUGAAGGCAGAAACGUCGAGUGAUUUGAACGAUAAGAAGAACUGGAUGAGCUCCGCUCGGCUGUGGACCAAUUCUACUGGUUUCAAGUCUGAAAACAAGUUAAAUAACUCGGCGUUGGACCUCAAAUUGUCUGGUCCGAAUCCGAAGAGAGAGAAGGCGGCUCCGCCGGCGGGGGAAAUGAUGAAGCCGGAGAGCAAACAGAAGCAGCCGCAGAAGAAGCAGCGGCGGUGCUGGUCGCCGGAGCUUCACGGCCGAUUCGUGAGUGCGCUUGAACAGCUUGGAGGUGCACAGAUUGCUACACCAAAGCAUAUCAGACAACUAAUGCAGGUAGAUGGUCUCACAAACGAUGAAGUGAAAAGCCAUUUGCAGAAAUACAGGAUACAUGUCCGAAAACUUCCAGCUUCUCCAACCACAACAUCGACUGUCUCAUGGAUGUCCAUGUAUGAGUGUGGAGAUGGGUCAAAUUCGAAAGCAAGUAAUUCCCAGUCAGGCUCGCCACUAGGCCCUUUCCAGCUGGGUGGCUCGGCCAAGGCGGUCUCCACAACCACCCAUGUCAACAGCAUUGGAGAAGAGGAGGAUGAGAAAUCAGAGAGCCAUAAUUGGAAAGGCCAGUUGAAGAUUGAUGUAUAGACUCUGAUCAACCUAAAAUUUUUGCAGAUAAAUAGACCGCUCCAGUCGAGUCAUGAACAUUACCAGAGACAUGCUUCUUCCUUUUUCUUUUUGUCCCCGGCACGAGAACAGGGACAAUAAGCCUUCACCAAUUCUAACCUUGUUUACGAUGCUCAAUUGUCUCAAUGUCUGGUUAAAUUUUCUUCCUUGACAUGAAAAGUUUUAUGCUCUUCUAUUAUAUCUGUUUGUACCAGAAGAUGGGGUUUAAUUUGCCAAUAUAUAUUUAUUAGUCAUUUUUCUUUUCUUUA